CUGACUAGAGUGCCUGUUCCUGUUCCCCUUCCCAAACACCAUAAGCAGUCCUUUGGUUUAGGGUUUUGGCGCUUUCUCUCUCUCUAAACAACAUGGACCCUUCCAAGAAGCGCAAGAUCGAAGAGAACGGCGGUCCUUUCGCCGCUAGCGUUCUUACCCCAGACGACGCCCGUAAAAUAAUCGAAGACUUCACCAAAGAGCAGCUACUCGACAUCCUUAAAAUCGCCGCCGUCCACCACCCCGACGUACUCGACACCGUCCGCUCCAUUGCCGACGCCGACCCUUCGAAGCGAAAGCUCUUCGUGCGCGGCCUAGGCGGCGACACCACCACCGAGAAGCUUCGCAACGUCUUCUCCUCCUACGGCGAGCUUGAAGAGGCCAUCGUCAUCACAGACAAGAACACCGGCAAAUCCAAGGGCUACGGCUUCGUCACGUUCAGACACAUCGACGGCGCAUCUCUUGCCCUAAAGGAUCCAAGCAAGAGAAUAGACGGUCGAAUGACGGUGACGCAGCUCGCUUCGUUGGGGCAGUCGGGUGCCAAUGCGGGUAAUGCUGUGGAUGUCUCAUUGCGAAAGAUUUAUGUUGGGAAUAUCCCGUUUGAGAUUUCGUCAGAGAGAUUGUUGGAUCAAUUUGCUAUGUACGGAGAGAUUGAAGAAGGGCCGUUAGGGUUUGAUAAGCAGCCGGGAAAAGCAAGAGGCUUUGCUUUUUUUGUUUAUAGGACCGAAGAAGGGGCGAGAGCUUCUCUCAUCGAUCCGAUGAAGGUGAUUCAUGGUCACCAGGUGACGUGUAAACUGGCAGUAGAUGGAAAGAAGGGGAAGUCAGGUGCUCCCAGUGUGGGUGGUGUUGGAGGUGGGAUGCCUGGAGAUGUUGGUGGUGGUGAUAGACUUGGUGUGCCGCCUCCUGGCUCGAUGCCCGGUUUGCUGAAUUCGAAUUAUGGUAUGCCAGGUGGAUUAUCUUCCUAUGGAGGGUAUGCCGGUGGGCAGCCGGCACUGGCCCAUCAAAACCCCCAUUUGAAUUCUCCUAUGCCUUCAUCAAUUGGUGGUCAAGGAUUUGGGAACCAGGGGCAGAUGAUGAGUACUGGUGGUGGAUAUGGUGGUGGUCUGGCUAAUUCAUAUGGUGGUUCACAUUUUGGUGGCUCUGCUUCGGGUGACUAUGGUGGGCUGAACAAUACUGGCUCUGCUAUGAGUUCUAUGUACAGGUUGCCCCCAAGUUCCAUUGGAAUGCCUUCUGGGGGUUACCAAGAUAGUGGAAAUUACGGGUCAUCAUCUUCUGCUUAUCCAACACAGCUGCAACAACCGGCCCCAGGACCUAGGGUUCCAACCGGAGGGAUGUACCAAGGCAUGCCACCCUAUUACUGAGGUGCAUGAGAGCUCCUUCGGCGCAAAUGCUUAAAUGGUUGUGGUGAUUUCUUGAUUGCAGUCAAUGAAUCUUUGGUUGAUAAAAUGGGCUACCGUACAUUUGUUGCUGCUUCACUGUAACUUGCCCCUCUCAGUUGUGGUUUUUGUGACAGCUGUUAGUUAAAUUCGCUAGAUUUGGUCUAGAGUCGAUAUUCAGCUCUUAAAAGGAUGGUCCUAUCUUGAUAAAUUGGAUUGCUAAAUGCCUUACCUUCUACUUUGUCAAUUAAUAUAAUUAAUUAAUAUAAUUACUUGUACUUAGCAAUUA